CGCCGACUCAUCACCGGCUUCCGUUCAUCCUUCUGCGUUUGGCAUUCAUUGUUGAAGGUCGUGUGCGGACCUUAGUUAUUAGUUUAUUAUUAAUAAGCCUAUACUUAAGUCAAUCAUGGCCAAUAACGACAAUUUCGCGCAAGAUGUUACAGAACAAUUAAAUGGAAACAUAGAAAAUGGUGGCGGCGAUAUUCAAGAUAAUAAUGGAGAAGCGUCGGGACGCGAUGACGACAGAAAACUCUUUGUGGGAGGCUUGAGCUGGGAAACUACAGACAAGGAGUUGCGUGAUCACUUCAGUGCAUACGGUGAGAUUGAGAGCAUCAAUGUGAAGACAGAUCCCAACACAGGACGGUCACGUGGUUUUGCCUUCAUUGUUUUCAAAGCACCAGAUUCAAUUGAUAAAGUGAUGGCAGCAGGAGACCACACAAUCAACAAUAAGAAAGUUGAUCCAAAAAAAGCAAAAGCGAGGCAUGGGAAGAUAUUUGUUGGAGGUUUAAGCAGUGAAAUCUCAGAUGAUGAAAUAAAGAACUUCUUCAGCAAUUUUGGCACAAUCAUUGAAGUUGAAAUGCCAUUUGAUAAGACAAAGAACCAAAGAAAAGGAUUCUGCUUCAUUACAUUUGAAUCUGAGCAAGUUGUCAAUGAACUCCUCAAGACUCCUAAGCAGACUAUUGCCGGCAAGGAGGUAGACGUGAAGCGCGCUACACCUAAGCCCGACGGUCCCGGAGGAAUGGGCGUACGCGGCGGCAGGGGCGGACGGGGAGCGCGCGGCGGCCGCGGAGGCCGGGGCGGCUACGGCGGCCAGGGCACCUGGGGCAACCAGGGCUACGGCGGCUACGGAUACGGCCAAGGCGGCUACGGCGGCGGAUAUGAUGGAUACGGAUACGGCGGCUACGGAUACGACGGCUACGGCGGAUACGGCGGUUACGAUUACUCCGGCUACCCUAAUUACGACUACGGCGGAUACGGAGGGUACGAGGGCGGCUACAGCGCGCGCGCGACUCCACGCGGGAAAGCGGGCUACCAGGGCGGCAAGCAGCGGGGCGGCGGUGGCGGCCGCACCAACCAGAGGCACCAGCCCUACUAAACUCUCUGUACCUGCCCAUAGUCAUCUCAGUCCAAUAAUAAGGUUAAGUCACCGGUCAUGAGCGUCCCCGCGCCCCUCUCACCGCGCGGGGGCGCGUCAUUCCAUUCCACAUAUUAAUUUAAGAAAACAAUAUUAAGAUUUUUGAUAAGGAUUAAAAAUGAAGUCGCGAAUAAAUAUCGCGUUGCCUGAGACCCGGGCGGCGCGACCUUUGCAUAAAUUUAUUAUAAUAUAGUAUUGAUUUAUAGAUUCACUUGGAGUAUUAUUGCUGAAUAGAUCGAUUUGACUUGAAUAGUAUGGAAAUUAUGAACCAUUUUAACUGAUUUUUAGUAAUAUUCUACGAUACAGAGCUUAAAUUAGAAUAAUCUGUCGUCCUGUCGUCGAGCGUCGUUUGUGUGUGUGGUUGUAUGCGGUGUCCAGCCCCUCUCUCUCCUGAAGUGAAGGUCAUUUGUUCUGGAUCUCAUUGCAGAUAUGUUGUAGAUUUGUAAUUUUAUUUGGUUUAUUAAACAAGGAAUCAGAAUCAUGUAUUUUGUACGACCUUGAUGUUUCUUCCGUGCGUAGGAAUGAAAUUAGCAUAAGUGAUCGGACAUGAACAAACUUUUGGGAUAUACAAUUGUAUGUCGAAAAUAAACAAAUUGUAAAUAAAAUUUGACUUUUUGUCUUUGUU